AUGUCUAGAAAGUUCUGUCUAGGAAAGAGAAAAACAAUGGCUCAAAAUCAAAACACUAAGAAAUCCACCGUCCUUCUUGGAGGUGAUGAAAAAACGCUUGGUGGUUUGAACAACCCAGGUGGUGUGACUGCUCCUAUUGGAGGUAUGGCUGCUCCUAACGGAGGCGAGCCUAAGACUGCUUCUGUUGAGCCUGCUGCUCCAGCUUAUGCUGAUGAGAGGACUGUGACUCCUCUAGUUAGCUGUGUAAUGGUUCUUGCUGAAAAGCCGAAAAAAUUUACCGGCAAGAACUUUAAGCGAUGGCAACUAAAGAUGCGGUUUUAUUUGACCACAUUGAGUCUUGCCAAGUACCUCAAGGAGGUGUGUCCAAUUCUGUCACCAGGAGAGAAAGACAGAACGACUAUAGCAGCAGUCCAGUUGUGGAAGGAUAAUGAAUAUCUGUGUAGGAACUAUAUCCUUAAUGGAUUAGUUGAUGACCUGUACAAUGUUUACUCCAACAUCUCUUCAGCCAAAGAGCUUUGGGACUCUCUUGAAAAGAAGUACGAAAUUGAGGACGCUGGUACUAAGAAAUUUGUGGUGAACAAAUUUCUUGACUUCAACAUGGUGGAUGGCAAGUCUGUCAUCACCCAAGUUGAAGAAUUCCACAUCAUUGUACAUGAGUUACUGGCUGAGGGAAUGUCUAUAUGUGAGUCAUUCCAAGUGGCGGCAGUCAUUGAUAAGCUUCCUCCCAGCUGGGCUGAUUUCAAGAAUUACUUGAAGCAAAAACGCAAGGAGAUGAACAUGGAGGACUUGACAAUCCGCCUGAGAAUUGAGGAGGACAACAGGAAGAAGGCAGCACUUCCAAGAAAUCCUAAGGCCCACCUGGUGGAAACUUCCAAGCCCAAGCAUGGGAAGAGAAAAAGGGAAGCCUAA